AUGACGGUGGGUCCUUCUCAUGGUGUCAUGUUCAUUCCGGAUCAGAUAAUGCAUUUUGAGUUCCGGAAACCAAGUAUGUUACUGUUUGUUCUUCAAAUUCUCUUCGUUGCCCUUCGCCUGAGGACACCCGCAAUCCGCACCAAUGCAUCCCUGGCAGCAGGAAUUCUCAAUAUUGCCGCGACCUUCGCUGCGGCAUGUGCUUCGUUUUUGGAGGACCAGCGGUCUAUACGGCCGUCGGAUCUCUUGGUGAUUUACCUGACGAUGGUAGCCAUGUGUGCCAUAGCCCCACUGCGCUCUCUGUGGUCUAUUUCUCCAACUAACGCCUGCACGGGGCUGUGGACGGCACUGUUCGUUAUCACCGUUGCAUGCCUUUGUAUGGAGUCGGUGCACAAAACGGGCCUCUUGCGUCUGCAAUCUUAUAACCCGACAAAGGAACAGAUCUGUGGCUUCUGGAGCCGCAGCUUGUUCAUCUGGAUACUGUCGCUCUUCCGUGUAGGCUAUUCACAUAUCCUUCGUAUGGAAGAUAUCCCGGAAGUCGACCAUGAUCUCCGAGGAGAAGUAACUGGUGAAAAGCUCCAAAAGGCUUGGGAGAAAUCAAGAGGCAAACAUCGGUUAGUCAGGGCGACGUUUGCUGCCUAUCAAUUCAGCUGUCUGUCAGCAAUCCUGCCACGAUUGGCUUUGUCUGCCUUCACCUUCGCCCAGCCCUUCCUCAUCACGGCAACAGUGAACUACAUCAACAUCCCCUCAAGCUCGGAGUCCCAGAAGUACGGACAAGCCAUUGUAGGCGCGUAUGUGCUGGUGUACGCAGGCUACGCGAUAUGGAUCGCCUGUUUAAUCCCAUUGAUCAUCGCGGUCGUAUCGGUCAUCGCCAUGAUACCAAUCUCAACGAAAACUGGAGAGGCCCAAAAACAGUGGAUUGAUCGCGUACAAAAACGAUUAUCAGUCGUCUCUGGCACGCUGAAUGAUAUUAAAGGCGUACAUAUGCUGGGGCUUACGGACCGUCUGUUCUUUCUCAUAUCGGAAUUACGUAAAUUGGAAGUUGAAACCUCGAAGCGAUUUCGGAAGCUCUUGAUCUGGCAGAUUGCGAUAUCCAACGUGCCGAUGGAAUUCUCGCCAUUCGCGACUUUCGCCAUCUACGCUAUAAUAUCCGUUGUGAAACAAGACACGACCCUGCUUUCUGCGCAGGCGUUUACCUCUCUAGCUUUAAUCUCCCUUCUUACCGGCCCGCUCCUCAACUUCUGCCAAGCUAUGCCUGCUCUUGCCCAAGCCGUUUCCUGCUUUGACCGUAUUGAUGAGUAUCUUACAGUAGAUCCCCAGUCACCAAACCGGUCUAUGUCUACCAAUUCAAUUGCUCGACCUUCCGACGACGGGGUAGAACUGCAACAAAAGCCGAGUGGUGCAUUACCAGAAGGCCUGUUGGCAUCAUUCCAUGCGGCUACUAUAUCCAAGUCUCCCGAUGCGGAAGCCGUCUUCGAUCGUUUAACCCUCAAUGUUCGACGGGGAGUGACGAUGAUUACCGGACCUGUUGGAUGUGGCAAGACAACGCUUCUAGAAAGUAUUCUGGGUGCAAGCUUUGUUAAGACAGGGUCGGUAGUGGCCUCCCUUUCGCGGGCUGCAUACUGCUCGCAAGUUCCAUGGAUUCAGAACCAAACCAUACGCCAGAAUAUAGUCGGACCUAACGGGUUUGACGAAAAGUGGUUUAAGUAUACUUGUUGGGCGUGCGGUCUCGAAAACGAUCUACAGACAAUUUCUGAUGGAGAUUCGCACAUGGCAGGAAGCAAUGGUAUUUCGCUUAGUGGAGGCCAAAAGCAAAGAAUUGCACUAGCUCGGGUAUUGUAUUCACGGCCCAAGGUUAUAAUCUUGGAUGAUCCAUUCAGUGGAUUGGACCUGAAGACAAUAGCCCUAAUUUCAAAACGUCUAUUUGGCAUUGAGGGCUAUUUUAGAGCUGAGGGGGUCUCAGUGGUCCUAAGCACUAACUCCUGUAAGUGGUUGAACCAGUACUAUGAUUGGAGAAUGCUCCUGUAA